CACAUUCAUGACCACAUCACAAAUGAAUCGAUCAAUAUUGAAACAAAUAUUUAUUACAUUUCGAACAUUGUUUCAUCGUAAACGACCACGUCUUGUUGGUGUAGAUAAAUCCGGUAAUCGAUAUUUUGAAGCACCACCGAAUGAAGCAAGUGAACAUACACAUUUAGCAAAAUUACCUAAAAGAUAUUUUCUAUUACCUGGACAAAAUACAUUAGACUAUUCCAAUAGAGAUAUUGAUAUAGAUUCAUUAUUUCUACCGCCUGAAUGGCAUUCAUGGUUGAAUCAUCGACGUUCUGAUCCACCUACAGAAGAAGAGAUAGAAGCUAACGCUUUAUCUAAGAAUAAUCGUCUUAAUCUGGCAGCGGAACUAGAGGUAAAACGUAAAGAAGAACGUGAAGAAAUGAUUAAAAAAGGAUUACUGCUUACUGAUAAAAUAGAAUCAUCAUCAUCAUCGACAUCCAGUGUACAAAAUAAUAAAUCAGGAUUUCCUAUUUAUCCUGAUUUACAAAUUUCUCCAGAUGAAGACAAUUUUACAAAUACAAAACCCAAAUGAUUGUGUCAUUCAUUAAUCGGUUUCGUUAGUUUAGUGUCCAGUGGGUUGCAUAAAAUUUUUUCAACUUCCAUCUUUCAAGUUGUAUUAGUCAAUAAUUGUAUGUAGUUAAUUUGUACAUGAAAUGUUGACACACUUCUCUCAAUAGGCAGGUAACAUUUUCUUUCAAAUUUCUGUGUUAUUUUUUUUGUCUUUUCUCUUUAUUUAUCACUUCAAAUUGAUCAUUGUCAUUGACAAAGUUGAUUAUUGAAUAUUGAAUCAACAAGGUCAUCGAUUAUGACAGUGUAAAUAAAUAAUCAGAGAGAGAAAGGGAAUAAAUAUAUAUAUUUUACAAGUGUAGUUGUAUAUGGGAAAAUUCAAAAUUAAUUAACAAUUUCUUUUUGGGA